GUGGGGAAGCUUGAGGGGAGGAGGCCCCGAGUUCUGAGGUUCAGGCCGAGGCUCUGAGUUGGGGUCCCCGACAGGGAGGCGUGCAGGGUUAAGCAUGGCCACCCGGCGUUUAACCGACGCUUUCUUGUUGUUGCGGAACAAUUCCAUCCAAAACCGGCAGCUGUUAGCCGAGCAAGUGAGUAGUUACACCUCCUCCACCUCCAGCCCUCUGCAUUCACGUAGCGUUGCUGCGGAGCUGGAUGAGCUUGCUGAUGAUCGUAUGGCACUGGUGUCGGGCAUCAGCCUAGAUCCAGAAGCAGCAAUUGGUGUAACAAAACGAUUACCUCCCAAAUGGGUUGAUGGAGUAGAUGAAAUACAAUAUGAUGUUGGCAGAAUUAAACAGAAGAUGAAAGAAUUAGCCAGUCUUCAUGACAAGCAUUUAAACAGGCCUACAUUGGAUGAUAGCAGUGAAGAAGAACAUGCCAUUGAAAUAACCACACAAGAAAUCACACAGCUCUUUCAUAGAUGUCAGAGAGCAGUGCAGGCCUUGCAAAGCAGAGCACGAAACUGUACUGAACAGGAAGAACGGGUCCUCCGAAAUGUAGUAUCCUCUUUAGCUCAGUCUCUUCAGGAAUUAUCCACUAAUUUUAGACAUGCACAAUCUGGCUAUCUCAAACGCAUGAAGAAUCGAGAGGAAAGAUCCCAGCAUUUUUUUGACACAUCAGUACCACUCAUGGAUGAUGGAGAGGAUAACACUCUUUAUGAUCGGGGUUUUACAGAUGACCAGUUAGUAUUGGUAGAACAAAAUACAUUAAUGGUUGAAGAGCGGGAACAAGAAAUUCGCCAGAUUGUACAGUCUAUUUCCGACCUAAAUGAAAUAUUUAGGGACUUAGGAGCAAUGAUUGUAGAACAAGGGACAGUCCUUGAUAGAAUUGACUAUAAUGUUGAACAAUCCUGUAUCAAAACUGAAGACGGUUUGAAACAGCUUCAAAAGGCAGAGCAGUAUCAAAAGAAGAACCGGAAGAUGCUUGUUAUUUUAAUUUUAUUUGUAAUAGUUAUUGUCCUUAUUGUUGUACUAGUUGGUGUAAAGUCACACUAGGUAACUCUCUGUGUGAGUGUGUGUGUAUGUGUGUGUAUGUGAAUUUUCCCAGUGUGAAUGAGUGGACCUUUAUUUCUAAAAGCUGCCUUUGAAUGUAUAACCCUCAGUGGUACAAGUCUGUGCAAUGUUUCCAUAGAUUCUUUUUCAUGAAUCAUGUUUCAGUGAUAGGAAUGGUUUAGUUUUUUCCAACAGAGAAUUUCAAGUCAAAUGAUGAUGCUACCAAAUAGAAAUUGAGUUCCGUAUCCAGACGUUUGCAGUAUUUUUUUAAAAUAGAAAAUAUGAGGGAUUGAAAGUUUACAAGCACAUGAAAAAGCUGUUAAAAUAUAUGUAUAUGCUAUUUUUAGCAGUCAUAUGUCUGAGUUGCAUGUUGAAAAUACAUUUGGAAAUUGAGGUUGGGAGGAGGUGAUUUUUUUUUUUUAAAACAAUGUGUUUUUAAAGUGAUUUGGAACCAAAAAGUAUGGUUGGAGGUCAAAUGCCUUAAACAGUGGAUUCUAAGUAUUUAACAUCCUUAUUUUCCUCCACAGAUUUUCCAUAUUAAAAUAAAUUAAGGCCUUUAAAAAUUUAGAAUUCAUUCCCCUUUAAUGUCAUAUAGUUUUCCAACAUUGCUAAUGAUCAGAUUAAUAAAGUUUGGAUACUAAGAAACAAUCAUGGAUACAAAUACAUUUAGUUGCUGGUUAAACAGCUUCAUGUAUUUAAAUGAAUUAGUCUAUGUGUGUCCUUCAUUUUAGAAUUUCUGCACUGUAUUUUUUUACUGUAAUCCACAUGGUGUUACUAUUUAUAGCUACCCAAGCUGAAAAUCUGAUGAUAUGAAUUAAAAUCAUAGUUAAAAGGAAGCUCCUCAGUUAUUCUUAUUCAUUCCAUUAUUUAAUAUACCUAUAGGAUGACUUUCAAAUCAGGAUCUCUUUAAUCAAUUAGCAGUUUAGCCCUGUUGCGUUACCAAAGUACAAUUCAACCAUAGAUCACUAACAGAACAUAUGCUAUCAGUGGUUAUUAACAGAGAGCUAGGUCCAUUUUAAAGUACUAUAAAAAUCUUGACUAAGACACUUUCUUAUCUAUGUGUGGCAGAUUUCUAAAGAAGGACUUCAUAGUUGUACUUACUUUUGUUGAUAUGGUGCUGUCAAAUACUACUGGAAUCAUAGAACAAUGUGAUGAGUGAUGACUUUGGAGAAUUAAAUUCUUCGUGUUCUAAUUGGUCCUGAAAUGACUGUACAAUUUUAAAGGUUUUCACCUAAUGGAAUAUUUAUAUGACUCUUAUUUAUUCUGUACUUAUUUUCUUAAAGGUUUAAAAACAGCAUAAUUCCAGUAGAGUUAGUUUUUUUUUUUAAACUAAUAACAUGAAAUGUUCUCCAUAGAAUUGACUUUGAAGUUAUUCCCAGAAAUUUAAACUCAGGUUCAGAGUGUAGUAAUAUUAUAUGUGUGACUAAAUCAUAAAAUUAGAUCUUAUAUUUAACAUUAUAAACCUUUGCCCCAUCCACUCCCAUUUCACUCCUGAAUUGUUUAUGGUUAUAGGCAACCACUCACUAGAUUGCCUUUUGACUGAGAUGACAAUAGAACACAUGUUGUACCUGACAUUCCAGGAAAUAGCAUCUUUUGAAAUGUGGCCAUGAUUCUUCCAUAAUUCUUCCUUGAUAGAUACCUUAUUUUGUUAUGGAAGAACUUUAGGGAACAAUUACCAUUAUCCCAAAACUUGGGGCUUCUUUCAAUUUCUAAAAUAACUAUUCUUUAUACCAGAUUGUUAGACAUGGUGUUUAAGGUGACCAUAGUUGAAAAUUCUGCUUUUGGACAUGAAACCAGUUUGAUGGAAAAUUCUUCUAAAAGAUACAGACCAUGAGAACAGUUUUGGGAAUACUUGUGGAACUUGUAUCUGUGUAUUCAUCUGUCUAUAAAGUCAAAUCACAGUAGUCUUUAAAGAAAAUAGCUCAUUUAAGAAAUAAAAACCAUUUAUUUUCAGAGAGUAGGAUUUUUCCCCCAAUAUGGAUCCACUAAGUAAUCAGGAUUUCCCUUUUUUAAAAUAUGCCUGAUGUGAGAGGGAGGGAAAGCCAUUUCCUUCUAUGAAACUAGGAUGAAAAGUAAAGUGUCAACUGCUUGAUUGCGUCUGGCUUCAGAAAGAGGUAAAAUAGUCACGUAGCAGGGAAUAAAUUAGAAUUUGGCCCCAAGAGCUACUGGGUUUCAUUGUAGGCAAAUGAAAAUAAAAUUUUUCCAGUAUACCCUGGACAUCAGAAUACUUUAUAUACUACUAAGCCUGUACUUGAGGAAAAAUUACUUACAAUUUGGGCAGUAAAAUAAAACUAUCUUGUACUAGUGAAUCAAAAUAAUAUUUUUUCCUGCAAAACGAGAUGGCAUUAAUCAUCUUUAUUACCUCUUGACAACCAUUUUCUGUAUUAAAAUUAGCCUAUCUAGUUUCUAGCUUCCAUGUUGAAGUUGGGCACAAUUGACUACCACAAAGAAUAAGACAUUCUUUUGCCUAGAAUUGAUUGAUUUCUUUUGGUUGGGAUUGAUGACAUAAAGGGUAUGCUUAUUCUGUCCUGUACCCAGCCUCAGGGUGAAAGCCUAAUUCAUUGCUUAGGGUAACUCAUCAGUUUCAUUGACUGGCACUUUGAAAGUUAAAGAAAAAUUGCAGGGGGGGGACCCAAAUGAUGUUUUGUUUGACUCUUAUGCAGUGUUGAUACUGAUACUUUCCAGGAUUGUAAAUGAAACUACUCUCCUUUUUGUGGUGUUACUGGUUACACCAUGCAGUGUAAAGCAGUAUGUUGCUCUGAUUUAACCUAUUUACAUCUUUCUCUACUAAUUGAGAGUCUUUAUUUGUCUUGAUACAAGUAUUUUUGAUGUUUUUAUCCUGGCUAAUGAUUUCUUAAAGGUAAUAAAACCCUUACAACUUGAUUGGUCAGAGAUGACUUUUUUUCCUUUAUGCUAAAAUAAAAUAAUUAAUGAAGCACUUGAUAUUUCCAAGAUUAAAUUUUUGUCUAUUUUUAUGAAUUUGCCAUUCCUGAGAGAGAUUUUGUACAAUAAAGCAAUCAUAGAGAUUA